UCUCUCGGAAGAUAAAAGGCUAAAUUAAGAGAGAGAGAUAAAUAUUUUGGUUUCUCAUUAUCUGUGAGUUUUUAACGAGAGAUGGGAAACUGUGCCAUCAAGCCAAAGGUUCUCAAAGAUUCUGAGGAGGAUCUUGUUCCGGUGGAGCGAGAUUCGGUGGCUCCUGUUGAUCAUCAUGACAAAGAUCCGGCGCCUGAGAAGAGCGAGAACAAUGCUCCUAACCCCGCAGAGGAGGAGGAAGCUGCGGCUGCUGCACGACGGAGCGAGAAGGGAAAAGAGAUUUUGAUUGAAGAUGACGUUGACGAAAACCACAAACGCCCAUCUCUCAGUCACUUGUUUCAUGAGGACAAGACAGUAGUAUUGGAAAAAGAAGUAAUUGAUCUAUCGCCGAUAAAAUCAGAGGCCAAUGAAAACAAAACCGGUCCUUCAGAGGUUCCAAAGCUUGAUACUUCUGCUCUAACAGCUUCUACUGUCAAAGCUCCGGAAGAAACCUUUGACGUCCAGACUCGAAAUGACCUCGAAGUUAAGAUUCCAAAAGAUUCUGAGGUUAAGUCUCCUGAAACUCCUAAAGCUAAGGAAGCUGAAGAGAAUUUUUCAGAGAAUUGGGAAGUUAAGUUCCCAGAGGAGUUGGAAGCUAAGAAAACAUCUGAAGUUGUUAAGGUUGAAGAAGAGUCUAAACUUCCACAGGUUUCUGCUCCUCAAUUGUCUGAAGUUGAAUCAAAUGUUCCUGAGGUUUUGGAGGAUAAGAAUAUUCCAGAGGUUUCUGCUCCUGUAUUGUCUGAAGUUAAGGAUGCAAAAGAAUCAAACGUUCCUGAGGUUUUGGAGGACAAGAAUAUUUCAGAAGUUUCUGCUCCUGCACUGUCUGAAAUUAAGGUUACAAAAGAGUCAGAUGUUCCUGAGGUCUUAGAGGAUAAGGACAUUCAAGAAGUUAAGACUGAUGAAGUUAAAGUAGCAGAAUCAGAACUUUUAAAGGUUUCAGAAGUUAAAUCUACGGAGGAUUUAGAUAUCAAAGUUCCAGAGGUUUUUGAAGUCAAGACUCCUGAGACAUCGAAGGUUGAGGUCAUAGAUGAAUCUGCAGUUAAAACUGAUCAAGAAGCAUUGAACGCUAAGAAUGCAGAUGAAACAAAAGCUCCAGAGUUUAAAGAUGCUCAAGAAAAGCUCGAAAAUCCUGAGGGAGACAAAGAAAUGGUGUUGCCUAAAACAGAGGAAGAAGCAAAAGCUGCGUCUUUGGAGAAGCAAGUCAACGAGUCUACUACAUUGCCUGAUUUAGGAACCACCAAAUGACUUACGAGAGACUACAGAGAAAUUACCAACCAGGAGUAGCUAAAAUUAUAUAUUUUUUUAAAAAACCAUUUCAUGGUUUAUAAAACAAAAACAAAUCACUAAAAAAAACGAUUUAGCAUAUUCUUUAGGCAAUUUCAGUUUAUGUCCCUUGUUUGAUAUCUCUUAUUGUUGUUGUUUAUUUUUUUAUUUUUCACAAAAAUAUGGGGAUAAUUAGUCUUUUUGCAUGUCCCCAAGUUGUACACUUUGCAAAAGAUCGAAAAGAUCAUUUCUUGAAACAAAUAAAGAAAUUUUCGUUUAA